UUCAAGCCCAACUAUUGAUAAAAUUGGCUUGUUAACAAUUGUGCUUUCUCAAGCCCAAGCCUACUAAAUACUGAAAAGUUUUAAAGUAACGUUAAAGGGACCAACAAGGAGAGAGCUUCUACUUUUAGACUCACAAGUUAAACCCUAAACCCUCAUUACAUCAGUGAAGAACGUGAAGAUGUUUACAGGCGGAAAGAGCUUCGUCUCUUCACCGCCGGCGUUCUCUAACGACGCCAAGCGGCUCCUCUUGUGCACCGGAAACAAAGUCUCCAUUUUCAGCACAUCCACUGGCCUGCAGACGAGUGAAUUAGAUGGCCACGAGGCGCAGGUGACAUCGGUGAUAGUAGUCCCGGCUACUACUCCGGCGAGUAAACUUUUGUGCUACUGCUGGACGUCUUCCCUCGAUGGGAAGAUCAAGUACUGGGAUUUUGCUGCCCCUGAAUUGAUGAGGACUAUCGAUAUUCGAUUACCCAUUCACUCUAUGGUCGCUGAAAGAGAUAAGAAGGUUCCUGAUCUUUACGCCUAUAUUUACGCUGAAGAUGUGAAACAGAAGGAAGAGCAAUCCAAAUCUUUAUGUGGACAAAUUCGGAAAUGUAAUCUAACAAAGUCUCGCUUAAUUGGUGGAGUUACCUUGGCCGAGACUAGGAAUCCUGGCUCAUUGACCAUUAGCCCCACUGGAAAAUACAUCGGCAUACAUGAAAAACGCAAGCUUCGAAUAUGGGAGAUCCCAGCCAAAGAUUCUGACAGUGUUGGUUACAAGAAAAUAAGGUUACAUCAUACAAAAGUAAUUACGGCUCUAGCUUUCCAUCCUACUGAGAGGGUGGUAGCAGCAGGUGACGUAACAGGGAGGAUCUUAAUAUGGAGAGGUGUCGGGCGUGGAACUUUUGGUAGUGAUGAUAAAUCAGUCAAUGGAAAAUCAAACAAAAAUGCUGAAGACAGGCCUGGAGUGAGGGAUGACGAUGAUGCGGAUUCUUGUACCACAUGGCAUUGGCAUUCUGCACAAGUGAAUGUCCUCUUCUUCUCUUCAGAUGGUGCAUAUUUGUACUCAGGUAUUGCGAAUUCAACAAAACAAAAGAAGGAUGAUGAAGAAGAAGAAACCUUACCCUGUUUAGCAUGUACUUAUAAGACUUUUAAUCCUUCAGGUGGGAAAGAGGGAGUACUAGUUGUUUGGCAGUUAGAUACUGGAAAAAAGAAGUUUCUUCCGCGCAUUGGAUCUCCUCUUGUAUAUUUCGUCAAUUCUCCAGAUCCCUCAAUGUCCACAAUAUCCUGUGCAGAUAACCAAAUUCUGUUUCUUAGAAUGCCAACAAUGGAGAUAUUGAGGUCCAUUUCAGGGAUUAAGCUUCGAAGUUCACAAAUGGAGAUGUAUGAAGGUUUUGGCUCGAAUAUCGUCUUCAAUAACACUUCUGGGUUGAUUGCAGUACCCACAGAGAACUACCGUGUUCAGUUUUAUGAUUUGUUUAGUGACCGUGCGAUCUCAGAGGUUCAAAUCUAUGAGAGAAAUUAUCAGCCAGGUGAUGAAAUCACGAAAUGUUUACUGAGAGUUGAAAAUCAUUUAUGUGAAAACCUCAACUCAUUUCUGGUUCCAGACUUCCAGGAAAUGAGAAAGGUAAAAGUGAACUUGGUAGCUCUUUCACCUGAUGGUUCUACCAUGAGCACCGUUGAAACUAGAUUCCCUGAAGAUGGAAUUGGCAGCCUUGUGAGUCUAAAAUUUUGGGCAUGUGGCUCCCGGAACAAGCAAGUCAGAUUGUCAACUGUGAUAUAUGAACCCCACAGAAUAGAUGCAUUGGUGCUUUUGGCAUUUCCUACAAGAUAUGUCACUUGUAUUGAUGAUUAUUACAGUAAAGACAAGAGGUUGGCAUACUUAAAAUUCCUAAUGAGUUUCAUGCUGUUUGCUAUUAACAUAACAGGGAUGCUGGAAUCUCCUCCAUUGCCUUCCGUCCAACUAGUCACAUGGCUGUUAGUACCUCUUAUGGCGGCGAUUUCAAGGAAGAAACCCAUGACUAGUGCUGCAUUUUCUCGUGAUGGUUCUGUUUUGGCUGUUGCUGGACAAGAGGUUAUCACAUUGUGGGACCCUGACAGGAAUGCUCUUCUGGCUGUAAUUGGAGAUAGUCCAGAGGUGACUUUUCACGAUCUAUUACUUCUUGUUAUUAGCCCCCAUUUUCAGCCAAUAGGUUCAAACCCGAGGUUGAAUAUGUGGAGUAUGUCGAAGUUGCGUACAACUUGGUCCUACAGGCUUGAUACUGAAGCUAUUGCUUGUUCAAUGGAUAAUUCCACCUUUGCUGUUCUUGUUCUCUUGAGUUCAUCAAAGCAUACGGCAUCUGCUGAAGUAAAAUCAACGGGGGAAGAUGGCAUGAUCUUGCUGUUCAAUGCAGAAAACCCAGUGCCCUUGUCGACGUGGUUUGUGAGCAAGGCCCAGUGUGGAAGACUUGGUUUUGUCCAGUUGAGUAGCCAAUUGGAUGAUAAGGUUCCUAAAACAGAAGCAGCAAACGAAGUACUUGCUUAUGUUAAUGGUGCUAAUGAGUAUGUUCUCUUAAACCCAAAUGGUGACCUGGCGAGUGAGCUCAGCAUUUCUUGUCAGCAGAACUUCAGUAGCCUUGAGGAAACGGGUAAGUGUUUCUCUUUGUUCAGCAAUGCUAUUAUAAGCAGCAGCCUUCAAGAUCCUUUUACAAGAAAAUUUGGAUAUGCAUCAAUAUAUGGUGAACUACCGGAAUUCAGCUUGAAAACAAACGAGUCUCCAUUCCUAUCUGUGCCAUCUGAUGGAACCUGGAAGACAAUAUUCAGCGGACCAUCUCACAAGGAGGUCCGCUGUUGCCUGAUGGCGCGUUCAAAGUUUGAACUCGAGAGGCCUCCUUUUGGCUGUCGCUUCACGCCUAUCAUAACCCGAAAUAUUGUAGGGCACAUUCCCUUCUCUGCCGCUCCCUCCGUGCUCGCUGAUUUUACCGACAUCCUCCCAUCCUCGCCCGGAUUAGCCGCCCGAUUCAAUUCCUUGCUCAUCUACAAAUUCUCCCUCCUGAGCCUAUCGUUCUCUUCCAGUAUCUCCGGCGACCUUAAGUUCUCUGCUUGGCCGAUAGAAGAACGAAUUACGGAGGCGGUAGUAAUGAUCCAAAAGAAAGAGAAAGUUAAUUCCUUGAAAAAUGUUCAUGAAUUUAGGGGAAAAAACGAUGGAGAACCUUUGCUUCGAGAUGUGAACUUGGCGGUGGGAUGGGAUUACGGAGAUGUCGGUUAUGAUUGUGACGAGCUUCUGGAGCAUGGUGGUGGAUUUGUUCACAGAUGGAUGCCCAUUGACCUGCAAAAAUUUUCUCAAGCUGUGCAAAACGAUUUUACUGCACAGACAGGUGAUCCUACUGGGACAGGUUCUGGUGGUGAUUCUGUAUACAAUAUAAUGAAGUUUAGUUAUGUUGAUAUCCACCAUGUUGCUUGGCUACCUAACAGUUUGCACUUUCUAAUGCAUAUUUCUAUAUGGAAAGGCUCGCUUUUUCUCAGUGAUGAGAUUCAUUUGGAUGUAAAACAUUCAAAGAUGGGUUCUGUAGCCAUGGAUGUAAAACAUUCAAAGAUGGGUUCUGUAGCCAUGGCUAGUACUGGAGAGAAUGUGAAUGCUUCUCAGUUCUAUAUCACGCUGCAGGAUGGUCUUGAUUACCUGGAUGGAAAGCAUGCUGUGUGUAUUUGGGGGGUUGCUGAAGGGCUCGACACACUUACUAGAAUCAAUGAAGAGUAUGUGGAUGAAAAGAGCAGACAGUACAAAAACAUCAGGCAUUAUCUUGGUAGUUUUCACAUUGUGAUAUUCACUUUUGGAUGA